CACUAUGUUUACGGACCAGACUGGGCUCCUUGGCGCCAGUGUGAGGCAUGGAAUGGUUUCAGGAACACAAAACCCAGUGAUGCUUUGCAUUUUAUCAGCCUUUCGCCCAGCGCCCCUUAAUACAUUCUGUCUCUCAUUCUGUGUCUCCCUCUCCCUAUAAACCGAUUGCAGCAACACAAGAUUAUAGAGCGGGGGGACUAUUUUGUUAGCAGUCCGGACUUGUUAAACUUUCCAAAACUUGUGUGCGAGUUACUCCGUGUUAAAUCGUGAGGCAGCAAGUCCACUCGGCCCGUCCAAAGAGUUUCAGUUUUGCUUUAACUUUGAAAAAAAAGUCCCAUCUCCUCCUCCUUCCUUCCCUCCCUCACCUUCUCCCCCUCCCCCAAAAAAAAAGGAAUAAGGAGAGAGAGAGUGUGACCCAUUUUGGAAGAGGCUAUGGAAGUGGCUGCAGAACAGUCUCGUUGGAUGAGCCAUCACGCCGUCCUGAACAGCCAACACCCGGAAUCCCACCCGAACCUUUCUCACAACUACAUGGAACCCAGUCAGCUGCUGCCCCCGGAUGAGGUCGAUGUGUUUUUUAACCAUCUCGACAGCCAGGGUAGCCCGGUCUCUCCUUAUUACAGCAACUCUCCGCACGCCCGAGCCACCGUCUCAUACCGGCAAGCCCACGCUCGCCUGACGGGUGGCCAGGUCUGCCGGCCUCACCUCCUGCACAGUCCCGGGCUGUCGUGGCUGGACAGCGGGAAGGCGCUGGUCGCGGCUCACCACCACCAUCACCACAACGGCGCGGCUUGGACCGUCAGCCCGUUCAGCAAGGGAGCCCUGCACCCAGGCGGCCCGAGCGGCAUCACCGUGUACCCGGGCAGCGGCUCCACACCGUCCCUGUCCCAGGCGGCAGCAGCAGCAGCGGCGGCAGCGGCGGCAGCAGCUCACUCCAGCCCCCAUCACCUCUUCAGUUUCCCACCCACACCGCCCAAGGACGUAUCGCCGGAUCUGGGCGCUCACAGCUCGGUGUCUCCCUCCAGCUCGGCAGCGGCAGCAGCAGGUCGGCAAGAUGAUAAGGGAUCCAUUAAGUAUCAUGUGUCUAUGGCUGAGGGUAUGAAACUGGAAUGUUCUAGAACUUCUAUACCAUCGCUUGGAGCGAGUGCAGCUUCCACUCACCACCCUCUCCCUACCUACCCUGCCUAUGUUCACGGUGCCCACGAUUACAGCGGCAAUCUCUUCCAUUCAAGCGGUCUGCUAGCCGGCGCCUCCUCUAAUUUCACACCUAAAUCCAGGAGCAAAACACGGUCAUGUGCCGAGGGACGAGAGUGUGUAAAUUGUGGAGCUACCUCCACCCCACUGUGGAGGAGAGAUGGAACGGGACAUUACCUGUGUAAUGCAUGUGGCCUUUACCAUAAGAUGAACGGACAGAACAGGCCCCUCAUUAAACCUAAAAGGAGAUUGUCGGCCGCUCGGAGAGCAGGGACAUCCUGCGCUAACUGUCAGACCAGUACUACAACCCUAUGGCGGCGGAACGCUAACGGGGACCCGGUGUGUAACGCCUGUGGCCUUUACUUCAAACUUCACAAUGUGAACCGGCCCCUAACGAUGAAGAAGGAAGGCAUUCAGACCCGAAACAGGAAGAUGUCAAGCAAGUCGAAGAAAAGCAAGAGGAUGUCGGAUGGUUUCGAGGAGCUCUCCAAGUGCAUGCAAGACAAGACCUCAUCGUUCAGCUUGGCGAGCCACAUGCAGCACAUGGGCCACCUGCCCCCUUUCAGCCAUGCGGGUCACGUAUUGCCCACACCGACCCCCAUUCACCCAUCAUCCAGCCUCUCGUUCGCACACCCUCACCCCUCCAGCAUGGUGACCGCCAUGGGCUAGAAGGAACGGCCACUCCCUCAGAGGAAGAAGACACAGAGAGUGAGAAAGACAAGAGAGAAGUGAGAAAAACAAACAGUUACACAAGGUUUUUGCCUUUUAUCUUGUUUUUCCUUAAGAAAAGAGCGAAGGGAAAUCACGGACAGUGUGUUGUUUGGAAACACUGGGGGGUUUGGGGAGGUGCGGGAGAACAGGCCUCCCGUGAUUGCCUGGUCAUCUUUGCAAGACUUUUGGGUGGGAGUCAAAUUAAAAAUUAUAUACAUGUUACUGUGCCCUUCUUCAUAAAUGUACCAAGAAACUGUACAGCAUUGGCAUCGCCUCUUCAGAAUAACUUGAGAGGCACAAAGAGGGAGGAUUGCAUCAGUAAAGUAUCAAGGAUUUUCAUCCGUCUUAUUGAUGUGAAUAUUGUAAAUCAGAGAAUUCGGGAUAAAUUGACUGGUAAAACCUAAUAGCCGAUGCUGGAUUCUUUUCAUUUUAAAAACACAAAAAAAAUUCUCAAAAAAUAAGCAAAGCCACUUAACUUUGAAAUAUAGUUCUUUCUGUUUGUCUUGCUUUAAUUAUUUCAUGUUGUGCAGAUAUUUUUGUUUUGAGGGGAAGGUUAGCGUCGAUUCUGUGAUGAGAUGCAUGCUUAGAGUAUGCUUCCUGGGCCAGGGUCAUGAAGUUAACUGUACCGUCUGGGCGUAGAUUCUGGAUGUUGUCCAUGUUGGUCCCCACCCUCACUCAUCUGAUUGUGUUGAGUUAACUGGUGAAAGGUGGGUCAUGUCAGGGAAGACCCCUUCAGGGAGAAUGGGCAUACUAGAGGUAUCAUGAUGUGGUGAAACAGUGUGAGGUGAAGCAGGGACAGAACCCAUUGUGAUGGCAGACUUGUUUGUUUGUUUGUUUGUUUAUUUGUGGGAUUGGGUGAACAAUGUCAGUUUGAGGUGGGUGGGGGAUCAUCGUUGGGGGGUGGGUCAGAGUUCCUGGAAGACACUGGGAAUCAUCUGAGCAAGAUGAGAGGAAGGAUGAGGUGUGCGGGGAGUGGGCAAGACAGUGAGAGCCUGCAUUCAUUAACAAAUUAGUCUGUUAUCUUCCAAGUCAGUUCUCAGACACACACCAAAUCUAUGAAUAAAGAAGACCUUUCAGUGUAGAUAAUUAAUUGUGUACAUUAUUAUUAAUAUUUCACAAGCUGGCAGAUAAACACACACGAGAUCUUCAGCAUGUCUGCCAUCUUCAUCUUAAUUUAAAGUGACAGAUCACUGCUCCCACUUUAGACCUAAAAAGGUCAUUGUACUUUAACAAUAAAUUAAGCCCAAUAUUAGAGAACACAUUGGGGAGCAUGCAAACUCGUCGUAACACUAGUUACUGUAUCCUGGAGCUUAUUGCCAAACAGCCCUGAGAACAUGUCAACAAAUUUAACAACAAAGAAAUGCAUUUAUGUGGCACCUUUAAUGUAGCAAAAUAUUUCUAAAUAUGACAAAUAAGGCAAAAUUUGACAUGGAGCUGGAUUUUGCGAAACUUUUGGGGAGGUGACCAGCAAUUUGGUAAAAAUUAUAGGUUUUAAAGAGAGUCCUAAAGAGGAAAGAAUUUGAGAAGGAGCAGUUUGGGAAUAUCACACAUGCGUUUCAUAGUGGGGCCAAGGUGGGAGAUGUUUUAAAGGUUGCUUUGAGAUACACAGUUGUUUUAUGGUGGUCAUUUAGAUUUGAGUUAGCAUUCUCAACUUCAGAAUUAGUGUGCCAUUUAAACAAAGCUGAUUCCUUCCAACAGUGUAACCUCAGAGCUGAAAAAUAGCAAUGAUGAUGCAGAAGAAUUCUUACCAUUAUUUUAUAACUCCCUCAAAAUUAAACUUCCCUUCCUCCUUCUUCUCGUACUCCAGACAUGUCCACUGAGAAAGCUUGACACACGUGAUGAAGGAAAUUCUCACUGUGCAAUGUUGAACUAGAUACAGGGUGAAGAAAAGAGAACAGUGUCCUAUUCAACAUUUUUUCCCUGUGCUCUUUGUCUGUGCUGUGAAAAUUUAUAACUUGUAGAAAAGGGAUGGAUAUAUAUGACCUUGCAAUUGAGAACUGAUGACUAUAUAGUGUCAUUGAGUUACAUUAUGCUGUAUAAGACAGGAAGGAUGUUGAGGAAUGGGAUCAUAUCAGCACAAUUCACUCAGUAAAAAUUCACAGUACCUGGAAUCUAUGAGCCCCUUUCUCCUAAUGCACCCUGAAAUAUUUUCUGCUCUGCAUAUGCCAUCAAAAUAGCUUUGGAAAUAAAAUGUGCUGUCCAUUAUCACAUAACAACAGUGACUGUACAGUAGUUCUUUGAAUGUGAAGUUUUGCCUUGAGAAUUUGCAAAGGCAUGUUAUAAAUGCAAGUUGCUUCUUUAUUCCAUUCCACUAAUAAACAAUCUCAAAACGCACAUCAGCAGCAUUUUAAAACAAAGAGUGCAGCAAAAAAGACACAUCUACAGAUUGGGUUUACCUUAGUUCAGCAUUCUUUCAAAGUAGGGGUAAAGGGAGACAGCAAAGUGUACCUUCAACUGGUAGUCACAUCGUUUUCCUUUUCAACUUCAUAUUGGGUUGAUAAAAAUAUUUUCUGAAUAUUUCUCAAGGACUGAACAGCCAUAUUAAAAAAACUGCUUUAAAUGUUUAUAUGAUGGUUUGCUAGUGGCACUCGGCAUAUAUAGCUGCACUUUGUAUAGGUUAUAUGUAAUAUCGGAGAGGGUGGGAGAGAAGGAAGGCAAUUACUGUCAUGUGUGAGAUACAAGUUAAAAAACAAUCCUUUUUCUCUUUUAUUGAAUAAAUUGACACCCGGUGUGUGUUCUUUUUCAAAUAUGGUACAGCGAAUAAUAAUUUGAAAGGAAGCUGAUUUUUUAAAAUCUGGGAAUGUCAAGGGGAGAGUUACUGACAAAAAUAUUUUUAAAAAAUAAAAAGCAAAAAAAAUCAGAAUAAGAGGACAAGGUGCAAUAUAUUGUCACUCACUGCAGUAUAGCCUUUUCCGCAGUGAAGAUUUUUAAAUUAUUUUGUAUCUAUCACUAUAAACAUAUGUUGUUUUCUUGCAGUAUUUACAUUUUUCUCCUUGUUUUAUUUUUUGUCGGUAGAUUAAGUUAUUGGUUAAAUAUGUACAACAUGUUUAUAUAAUUAUCUGUAUAAAUGUGUAUCUUAUCAUCAUUAUUCCCCAUGAACAUUGCUAAAGGUAAUAAUAAUAAAAAAAAUUUAAAACCA